CAUGGAUACUUUUGUGGAACAUGAUGGAAUUUAUUUGUUGCCAUAUUUACUUCGAUGGUCAUUAAGUAUAGCUUAUCAAACAACUCUGGGAAUCGACGUUAAAGACGAAGCGAAUUUUAAGAACAAUGCUCUCAUAGACUCUUGGCAAUCGUAAUAAACUCGUGAAAUUGAUUAUCAUUGGAAUUUUCAUAAAUGUUUCUCAAAACAAAACAAUAUCCAAAAUGAUCGGUUGGGAAAAGAAAAAAACACACGAGUUUUCCAAAAUUAAUACUCUCAUAAAUAAGAUCAUUGACUCCAAAUUGAAUUCUCAAACGGAAAGCUGUACGACCUUGCCCACGAGCUCCGUCAUCAACCGAAUGAUUGAUCUUUAUCAGAAUGGAAAAAUAAGUUUGGAUGAAAUAAGAGGAGAGUGCUGUAACAUGGUUCUGGCUGGCAUCGACACCACAGCUGUAACACUUCAUCACGCUCUUAUCCUAUUAGCAAUGUUUCCCCACUACCAGGACAUGGUCUUUGAAGAGCUAAAAGAAGUCUACCCGGAGAGUGGAGAUUUUGUAGUGGAGUACCAAGACCUCAAAAAGUUGGUGUAUCUAGAUCGCGUUUUAAAUGAAACCCUGCGUUUGAUUCCAUCCGCUGGGGUUACUGUAAGAAAUGCCAAUGAAGACUUUCGCCUGUCAAAUAAAGUCCUUGUUCCGAAAGGUGUUGCCAUUAUCGUGGAUAUAUUCAAUAUCCACCGCAACAAGGAAUAUUGGGGCCCAGACGCUCAUACUUUCAACCCAGACAAUUUUUUGCCCGAUAAUGUUCGCAAACGGCAUCCUUAUGCCUUCAUGCCUUUUUCAAACGGGAGGAGAAAUUGUAUAGGCUGGAGAUACGCAUUAAUUUUGUCCAAAAUUACCUUGGCCAGGAUUCUCAGAAAUUACAAACUCAGCACUAGUUUUCGGUAUGAAGACCUAGUCUUUAUUGAUAAUAUAGUAAUGAAGCUGGAGAAAUCACCUCUUCUACACUUUCAACGAAGGUGAAAAUUUCAGAAUAAAAA